AUGACGAUGAGGAGGAUUUACCAGCAGUUGGACUUAAUGAUGAGGAGUUUUUGCUUGAGCGAGAGGAGGGUGAAGUUUUUGAGUUCCUUAUUGGACAUUGAUGAUCUUACUAGUACAUUUUCAAAGUUGGACACAGCUGUUAGUGGACCAAGAGGCUCUGGGAUAAUAGAUGAUGGGGGAUCCAGACAAAGUUCAUCUGCUGCUGAAUGGACACAUGGGGAGGAAUUUCCUUACUGGCUUGGUCAGCAGCCACUUGGAACCGAAAGUAUUCCUAAAGGGAAACACUGGUCGUCACAACCAUUGGCCAAUUUGGACUCAAAGAAUCUCUAUGGGACAUCCUCAUACCCUGAGCAGCAGCAGCAGCAACAACAACAACAAUACCAUCAACAUUUCUCUAGUGAACCGAUUUUAGUUCCAAAAUCUUCUUAUACUUCAUACCCUCCCCCCGAGGGCAGAUCUCCUCAGGCUUCACCGAACCAACAGCUGGACACCUGAAUAUUCCUUAUAAGGUUGGUGGGUCACAGGUGGCAUCUUCGCCAAACCUCUCUGCCUUCUCAAAUUCUCAGCUUCAACCGCCUGACUUACACCAUGGGCCACCUUUUCGUGAGAAUAUUCCUCAAUUUGCUUCAGGUCCGUCUGUCGGUAGUCAGCCAUCAAAUCAAUGGGGGAGCCAGCCAAAAUUUUAUGGAGAUAAUUCCAUGUGUUUGAACAAUAUGCUCGACAACAAUUAUCUCAUCAAAAUGGUUUGAUUCCACCACAAUUAAUGCCACAGCUGCGGUCGCACCGCAGAGACUGCAGCAUCCUGCUCAGCCUUCCGUUAGCCAUUUUUCAGGGAUUCAGUCACAACUAUUUAAUUCUCAACUUUCUCCUUCCCCACCUUUAAUGAACGAGGUUGAGGCUAUACUUGGUAUUGGUGAUCUAA